AUGUCAAAAAGCAAAGAACAAAUAAAGGCUAUAUUAUCCAAUAAUGGCGAUAAACUUGUAAAUAUCGUACGUGAUUCAUCAACACCCAUACAUCUACAACAACGUCAAUAUAUUGAUACAAUUGAAGAUAAUAAUUCAGCAACAUGCACAUAUGAUUGGUAUGAUGCGCAAGCAUUUGAUACCAAACAUCUUGAGAAUUACUGUCAAUAUAUCAUUUUAACAAAUCGAGAUAUUGGCAAGAAACUUGUAUGUAUGAAUCCACGAGAGUCAUGCCGUCAUUAUAAUCAUACUCAACCACUAUCCAAUAGUGAAUUCAUGAGUGCCAUCUUAGAAUUAGUAAAUGAACAUUUUAAACUCAAUUCUACAUAA